CUUCCCGCAGUGUGCAAGUAUGUGGCGGUGGAGCUGAAAUCCGCUUUUGAGGAGACCGGCAAGACCAAGGAGGUGAUUGACACCAAGUACGGCUUCCUGGACGGGAAGGGCUCUGCCGUCAAGUACACGCAGUCGGACAUCCGGUUAAUCGAGGUGACGGAGAACAUCUGCAAGCGGCUGUUGGAUUACAACCUGCACAAGGAGAGGAGCGGCAGCAACAGAUUCGCAAAGGGCAUGUCGGAGACGUUCGAGACCCUGCACAACCUGGUGCACAAGGGCGUCAAGGUGGUGAUGGACAUCCCCUACGAGCUGUGGAAUGAGACCUCCGCUGAGGUGGCUGACCUCAAAAAGCAGUGUGACGUGCUGGUCGAGGAGUACGAAGAUGUGAUAGAGGACUGGUACAGGCACCACCAGACAGAGGAUCUCUCACAGUUUCUCUGCGCCGACCAUGUGCUAAAAGGGAAGGACACAAGCUGCCUGGCAGAGAAGUGGACUGGCAAGAAGGGUGACUUGGCAAGCGUGGGGGAGAAGCACAGCAAGAAAA